UUCGCUCCAUUUUUUCUGUUCCUUUUCUCCCACGAUUCUCAGAUCGCUCUCUGCGAAGUCCUGCUCGAGUCGAAUACUGAAAAAAAUCAGCUCACAUGUAAUAGCUACACCAGCACUUGAGCAAUUGAAUCCCAAGUUAAUUCAUCAUCAUCAUGAGUAUCGAACCUUUUAACAGGUUGGUGAAGCUAGCUGCAAGAGCUUUCUACGAUGACAUUACGACUAAAGGAGAUAAUCAGCCCAAGACCGGUCGGAGUGAUAAUAGGGGAAUCGCGGUUGUCGUGCUUGAUGCUCUCACGAGACGACAAUGGGUUCGAGAAGAAGAUUUGGCAAAGAACUUAAAACUACAUUCGAAGCAAUUACGUCGAACUCUAAGGUUUUUAGAAGAGGAAAAAUUGGUUACCCGAGAUCAUAGAAGGGAGACAGCUAAGGGAGCAAAGAUAUUUAGCGCUGCAAUUGCUGCCACAGCCGAUGGCCAACACCCGGGGAAGGAGGGGGAUGAAAAGAUUAAGAUGCACACACAUUCUUAUUGCUCGCUAGACUAUGCACAGGUCUAUGAUGUGGUUAGAUACAGACUGCACCGCAUGAAGAAAAAACUGAAAGAUGAACUGGAGGACAAGAACACAGUUCAAGAGUAUAUAUGCCCCAACUGUUCGAGAAGGUACACUGCUUUGGAUGCUCUUCGAUUAAUCUCUCUUGAGGAUGAAUACUUCCAUUGUGAAAAUUGCAAUGGCGAGCUGGUUGCUGAGAGUGACAAACUGGCUGCUGCCCAAGGAGGGGAUGGAGAUGAUAAUGCCAGGAAGCGCCGGCAUGAAAAAUUGAAGGACAUGCUUCAGAAGAUGGAGGUUCAGCUUAAACCUUUAAUGGAACAACUCAGCAGAGUCAAAGAUUUGCCAGUUCCAGAGUUUGGAACUCUUUUAGCAUGGGAAGCUCGUGCAAGUGCAGCUGCACGUGGUGCAAAUGGUGAUCUCAAUGGCAAUGAUCCCUCAAAAUCAUCACAAGGUUUAGGAUAUGGGGGAACGCCUAUGCCUUUUGUUGGCGAGACCAAGGUUGAAGUUGCCUUUUCUGGGGCUGAGGGCAAGGGAGUGAAUGUUAAAUCUGAAUCUGAGAACACUGCUCUGAAAGUGUUACCUCCUUGGAUGAUCAAAGAAGGGAUGAACCUCACAAAGGAACAACGCGGGGAGGUCAAAGGGGACUCAAAGAUGGAUGCUGGUUCAGCUUCUGCUCAGUUUUCUGAUGAUAAAAAGUCAUCGGCCAAUGAUGAUGAUAAAACGAAUAUACAGGAUGAGUAUGUUAAAGCUUAUUAUGCUGCUAUACUGAAGAAGCAACAAGAGCUUGAAGAAGCUGCUAAGGCACAAAAGGAAUUAUCCAGUACAGAGGUUACUGAAAACUUGUCUUACACAAAUUCCAGUCGCCAGGUAGGAAUGAAGGCAAAACGUGAAGAGGAUGAAGAAGAAGAUGAUAUUGAAUGGGAGGAGGCUCCAAUAGAGGGUAACGCAAAUGAAAAUUACAAGGUUGGUGACUUGAAUGUUGAAGCAUCAGCUUCGGUAGAAGAUGAAGAAGAAGAUGAUGUGGAUUGGGAGGAAGGUUGAAGAGGCAAACAGAAUUUUAUACCCCAAUAUAUGAUACAAGGUGAUAUUGCCUUUCUUCCAUCUGGAAGGCCUUAGUGAAUUACGGUAGGAGCUCUGUAGUUAAUCUUGUGCAGUCGUGUUACUUGUUAUAUUAGAGCCGAUUUUAAAGAUCCCUAACCUAUACUUGCUUGAUUUACUGCUGAUAUUUCAUCUUGGGGGCUCUGAUGAAUUGAAUUGUUCUUUACCAGUUUGGUGUGUGGGAAGAAAAGAUGAAGGAAAAUAGAUGUUUAAUUGAUUCAAGGAAUGUAAAUCCAUUAGUUACCAAUUACAGUGGGACGACACGUGUGCAAACGUGUAUUUUACGAUAACUUUUACUUGUUUAGCCAAUACAGAAGUUUAGAAAUAAAGACAGCGAUUUCCAGACA